CCAAAUCGCACGCUUAAUCAUAAAGAGAAAUAACUCAAAAAUAAGUUAUUUAAAGAUUUAAUCAUAAAACGUAAUAACGUAUCGCUAAGAAUAUGUACGCGCCAACCGCCGCUCGAUUUGAAUGAAUAUGAACGAAAUAAAGGACUGUCGCUCUCUUUCUGACUAACGCUUUCGAACAGGUUGGUACCGGUAAACUGCUAUAUUCAGUAGUGUGCCAACCGUGAUGCAAGCAAGGUGAUCGAAAAAUUAUUCAAAGGGCGAAACAUUACGGCAUACUUCUUUAUAUUAUUAACAGGAUGGCAUCUUGGAGAGCAAGUCGUAUUCUCAAAUUGGUAUCACCUGAUGCAACAUUUCUUAAUCAAGACAAUGUAAAUGAACUGGGGGUUAAAAUCGACAAUACUAUUGUACAAGAUCAAUACAGUACAGCUAACGAAAACACAGAAAAUGUCUCUCCAAAUAAAAAUAUUGAUGUAAGUAGCUGUGAUGAGAUCUUAUCAGAUUGUGAUAGAGAUGAUCAAUUUGCCAACAAAAUUGAUGCUCGAUUUAUUAGUUCCCGUAAAACAGAUAAUAGUAGUCUUGCUAAACACACAUCAAUAAUUAGAACAUUGAAAACAAACCUCGUACCAGAUUAUGACAGUGACGAUUCAACCACAAAUGAUAAUAGUAACUUAGAAAACAUUGAAACUUAUCCUGAAAUGAAUCAAAGCAUUCAAAAAGCACUGCCGAAGUCUUCUUCUUCAAACUCGUCUUCAUCGAGCUCUUCUUCCUCCUCCUCCUCUAGUAGUUCAUCUUCGGAUUCAGACAGUUCUACGUCUUCUAAACGAACUAAUCAACAUUCUGAACAUUACGCCGAUGGUGUAAGACCACAGAGCGCUUCAACUUCCACACUACCUGCUAAUAUUUCCCCAAAGUAUACUGAUGAAAGUGACAACACAGACUUAAGUGAUGAUGACCCUACAUUUAAUUAUGAACUGUCUACCAAACACAAAAAGAAAAACUAUUUUUUCGAUGCUGCCACCAAAACAGACUCAUCUGACAGUGACGAUAGUGUUUCAGAUUCUGAUAGAAAGAAGAUUUGUAAAAGAGGCCGCAAGCGAUCUCUAAAUCCGGCAAAGUGGAAACAAAAUAAAGUUAAAAAGUUACGGAACACUGGUGAAUCGUAUAUAUCCACAUCAAAAUCUCAGAAAGUUAUUCCCAGCCGCUGUCUUAAAGUGCCUUGCACAGAUAAAUGUAAAUUAAAAUGCACAAGUAAUAUAUCAAUGGAUGAAAGGUAUAAUAUAUUCAAAGAAUUUUGGGAUUUAGGAGACCUGACAAGACAAAGAGUUUUUAUAAGCAGUUGCAUGGUAGACAUAACUCCAAAAUAUAGGUACACAAAUGCUACAAAUCCCAGACGCCCAAAUAAAGCCUAUAAUUUUACUGUUAAUAAUAAGACAAUAAGGGUAUGUAAGACAUUUUUUAAAUCUACAUUGGAUAUUACGGACAGAAUGAUAUUCACCGUACAGCAUAAAGUAAGUGACGCUGGAUUUAUGCUUGAAGAUUUGAGAGGGAAACACCAUAGCCACAAAACUCUUAAUCCUGAAUUUCUUGACGACAUACGGAAGCAUAUUCAAUCCAUUCCAAAAAUAGAGUCACAUUAUGUAAGAGCUACUUCUACCAGAGAAUACAUUGACGGCGGAAAAACUAUAAAGGAUUUAUAUUCAGAUUUUGUUAAACAACAAGAAGAAAACAAUAAAGAGACAGGAAAUUACAUAGCAUACUAUAAAAUAUUCACAUUAGAAUUUAAUUUAAGUUUUUUUCAGCCAAAAAAAGAUCAGUGUGACUUAUGUGAAUCAUUUAAAAACAGUACUGAUGAAAAAAAGAAAGAGCUGGAAGAUAAAUAUAAUAAACACAUAGAAGAAAAGUCAUUAAGCAGAAUAGAAAAACAAGAAGAUCGUAAAAAAGUUACCAAAGAUAAUAUUGUCGCAAUUUAUGAUUUAGAAGCAGUGCUCCAAUGUCCAAGAGGUGAUACCUCGGCAUUCUACUAUAAAUCUAAACUUAACAGUUACAAUUUAACAUUAACGGAAUUGACACCAACGGAUUCAAAAACGGCAUAUGAUAAAGUACAUUGUUAUUUUUGGACAGAAUCAGAAGCCAAACGUGGGGCAAUAGAAAUAGGAACUUGUGUAUGGCAGUAUCUUGAAGGGAUAUGUGAAGGAAAUAUAGAAGAGAAAAACGUUAUAUUUUAUUCUGAUAACUGUUGCGGACAGAAUAAAAAUAAAUAUAUCGCAACAUUGUAUUUGUAUGCUGUGAACACGUUGAAUAUAAAAUGUAUAACACACAAGUUUUUAAUCACAGGGCAUACUCAAAAUGAAGCGGACAGCGUACACAGUUUAAUAGAGAAGGAGAUAAAGAAAAAUCUUAAAUCAGGGCCCAUUUACAGCCCUGAUCAGUACAUAGCUUUAAUAAAAAAUGCGAAGAAAAGUAAACCACCUAUAAAUGUACACGAACUAACCUUUGAUUCCUUCGUUGAUACUAAACUAUUGCAGGAAGAAUGGGGAUACAAUUAUAACAUAAACACGGACGGACAACCAGUUACUUGGAAUAAUAUAAAAGUGUUGAUGAUGAAGAAAGAGAAACCAUUAAGUAUUUAUUACAAAACUUCAUACAAGGACGAUGGUUACCAGGAAAUUGAAGUAAGAAAUAAAAGGAAGAAGAUGAACCUGGUAACAGAAAUUUCACUAAAAAAAGCUUACACAGAAAGGCAGGAUAUAAGUCGUAAUAAAAAGAGGGAUUUAAGAGAUCUUAUCGCAAAAGGACUUAUCCCUCCUUUUUACGCAAAUUUUUAUAAUUCCAUAAUUAAUUAGAUUUACUUAGUUGAUUUCAUAAACAUUUUAGUUAUUUUGUGUCUCCAAUAAUUGUAUUAACAUUGUUUUUUUUUUUUUUUGUAAUAAUGUAAGAAGAAUUUUAUUUUGUUUUUAAGAAGAAUUUUAGUUUUGUUUUUAAGUAAUAUUAGUUGAGUUGAUUUCAUUUAUAUAAAACAUAUUUACGGAUCUCAAGUUUGUGAUAAUUUGUUAAGUUUAGUUUUCUUUUUUUAAUUUUGAUAUUUUUCUUUAAUUUUUCCCCAGAAUUUGGAAUUUAAUUCAGUUAGUUGACAUUAAUGUAAGAAGAAUUUUAGUUUUGUUUUUAAGUAUAAUAAAUAUUAGUUGAGUUGAUUACAUUUAUAACAUUUUUUACGGAUCUCAAGUUUGUGAUAAUUUGUUAAGUUUUUUUUUUUUAAUUUUGAUAUAGUUUUUAAUUUUUCCCCAGAAUUUGGAAUUUAAUUCAGUUAGCCAAGACAUCAAUGUCUUAAGUUAUACUUUUACUUUAAAAUAAAAGAAUAUUAAUUUCUAA